AUGCCUGCCAGAACAUCCACGCGCCAAGCAGCUGUCAAAGCAAACCAAGCAUUCGCCCAUGGCCCGGCUGGCUCUAAGCGCAAAGGAUCUGCGCCGAAAGGCUCGCUUCCUAAAAAGGGGAAGAAAGACGAGAAAAUAAAAGAAGGCGCCGCAUACGAAAAGCCUUCUGUAACCGAAGAGGCGCAAGAAAUCCGGCCUUCUGAAGCAUGGUCUGAUACGCAAGCUACGGUAAAUAAACAGCCAACAGAAGCGCCUCCUCAAAGAGCCGAAGAGCCUGUUACAGAUGGAGCUGUGAAAGAAGAGGAGGAAACUAAGCAGCCUGUUCUCGACCAGGAGAGCAAAAAGUCACCUUCUAGAGAAAAAGAUGAAACAGAAAAACCAAAGGCCGAGAAAACUGGGACGCCUAUCAGAGAAUCUGUGGAGAGAGAAAACAUCAUUCCUUCCACCAUUCUGGAAAAAGGAAUCAUAUAUUUCUUCUUCCGUCCUCGAGUCAAUGUGGAGGAUCCUCAUAGUAUGAGCGACGUUGCACGCAGUUUCUUUGUUCUGCGUCCAACGCCCAAGGGUGCCCAGUUAGAAACCGGACCUCUCGGGGACGAAGCCAAUUGCCGGUUGAUGAUGCUUCCGAAGAAGAAAUUCCCGUCAUCGGGUAGAGAAAGGGAUAUGGGGUUCGUCGAGAAGGCCAAAGUUUCACUGAAAACUCUCCAGGAAAAAUUAAUCGCAAAAUCUACCUACGAAACGCAGACACGGGGAGAACGAACGACCCCAGAGGCGCGCCCAUACGCCGAAGGCGUUUAUGCAAUCAUCAAAGAAGGCCGGAGUUCACACCUAGCUUACAUGCUGACCAUACCGGAGAAGCUUGGUGAUAUACAAAUGGAUUUUGGGCUGUACGGCCGUGGCAGCUUUGUUUUUCAGUCGAAAAACCCCAAGUAUCCGGGCCCUGCGGGUGCCCGCUUGCCAAAGGACCCCGAGUAUCCAGCAGAAGUGAUGGCCAAGUUCCAUGAUCUUCGGUGGGUUCCUACAGAACCCGAAUUCUUGGAUUAUCCCAGUUCCCAGUUCCUUAUGAUUGGAGGAGCCCACGACAACCUUGGAAAAGCUGGAGAAGCUCUUCCAGGAGCGGAAAAGGAGACAAAAGAACGCCCAGCCGAUGAACUGGCCAAACUCGAGGGAGAAAACGAGGAGCGUGUUGAUUCUCUUGCCGGUGAUCAUACUAUUUUUAAUGAUCUAGGUCUCGACGCCAAAAAAUAUGGCGAACUACCAAAAUUUUGGGACUAG